AUGCCCGAUCUCGUCGCCCCAGUAGCGCCUCACUACGUCCCAGCGCCUCGCACGCAAGAGAAUCUGGACUAUGCAGAACUGCCGAUUAUAGACUUAGCGAAAGCCACAACACCUGAAGAGCGCUUAGCUCUCUCGGUGCAAGUUCGCGACGCGAUGUCGAACCAAGGAUUCUUCUAUGUAAUAAAUCAUGGGUACACUCCUGAACAGACGAAACGUGUCUUCGACAUUGCAGACGUCCCAUUUACCCAGGUCAGGGAAGCCGAAAAGAGGUCCUUUGUAGCGAAGAUGGAAGAGGAGGGAUCUUUUCAAGGAUAUAAACUACGCCAAUAUUGGGUGAUUAGCUUCGACGGCGGCGUGCGCGACCAGAUAGAACAUUACAAUGUGAACAAAGACAUUACUAAGCGCGAGCACCCAGAAGCGCUCCGUGCCUUCUUCCCAGAGAUAAGUGCUUUUGCGCGACACAAUCACGAGAAUAUUCUCCAUGCCCUCUUGAGGCUGCUUGCUCUUGGAUUGGAACUCCCCGAAGACACCCUAGUUAAACACCAUGGGUUCGAUGCUGUGGGAGAGAGCUAUGUACGCUUCAUGAAAUAUUAUCCCAGAUCCCAGGAAGAUGAAGCCAAAACCCAUCGCGUAUGGCUCAAGGGUCACACUGAUUUCGGAAUUAUGACAAUUUUGUACAGCCAACCGGUGGCCGCACUGCAGAUCUUGACGAAGGAAGGCGACUGGAAGUGGGUAAAGCACAUCGAGAACGCUCUUGUUAUUAACGCCGGAGACGCCUUAGAGUUUGUGUCGGGUGGCUACUACCAUGCCACAAUCCAUCGCGUGGUCCAGCCUCCUCCGGACCAGCAAGGUUACACGCGCCUUGGGGUUUUCUACUUCUGCAUGGCGGACGAGGAUAUGAGCCUGGCACCACUCCUUCAGAGCCCCGUGCUCCAAAGGGUCGGCGUUACAAAGACCUUCGAGAGCGGGAAAAUUCCAACCAUGAGUGAAUGGAGGUCAGCAAGAACGAUUGCAUUUGGUAGGAGCGCGACGAAGGCGACAGAGAAUGGCGUCAAGGAACAGGAGAUAAUUAACGGAGUUGCAGCUAAAUUUUUUGACUGA